AUGGCUAACAAACCUCAUGGCGGGGUCCUCAAGGACUUGUUAGCAAGGGAUUCUCCACGACAUGACGAGCUGGAAGCUGAGGCGGAGACCCUGCCUGCCAUUGUUCUUAAUGAAAGGCAACUCUGCGAUCUGGAAUUGAUUAUGAACGGUGGCUUCAGCCCCCUCGAAGGCUUCAUGAACGAGAAGGAUUACAAUGGCGUCGUCACAGAUGUCCGACUAGCAGACGGGAAUGUUUUCAGCAUUCCAAUCACUCUUGAUAUAUCCGCAGAGGACAUCCAAGAGUUUGGUGUGAAGCCAGGAGCUCGGGUUACCCUCCGAGAUUUCAGAGAUGACCGCAAUCUAGCGAUCCUGACCGUAGAUGACGUUUACAAGCCCGACAAGCUAAAGGAAGCAAAGGAAGUUUUUGGCGGUGAUGAAGAACAUCCUUCAAUCAAGUACCUGUUCAAUAAGGUUGAGGAGUUUUAUGUUGGAGGAAAAGUUGAAGCUGUGAAUAAGCUCAACCAUUAUGAUUAUGUAGCUCUGAGAUUUACGCCCGCUGAAUUGCGAUCCCACUUUGACAAGCUCGGUUGGACGAGGGUUGUUGCUUUCCAAACAAGAAACCCUAUGCAUAGAGCCCACCGUGAAUUAACAGUCCGAGCUGCUCGUGCCCGCCACGCAAACGUCCUGAUCCACCCAGUCGUUGGUCUCACCAAGCCAGGUGACAUUGAUCAUUUCACCCGUGUGCGUGUCUACGAGGCUCUUUUACCCAGAUACCCCAACGGAAUGGCUGUCCUCGGUCUUCUUCCCCUUGCUAUGCGAAUGGGUGGUCCCCGUGAAGCAAUCUGGCACGCUAUUAUUCGCAAAAAUCAUGGCGCCACACAUUUCAUCGUCGGACGAGACCAUGCUGGCCCAGGAAAGAAUUCCAAGGGCGUCGAAUUCUACGGCCCUUAUGACGCCCAGCACGCCGUUGAGAAAUACAAGGACGAAGCUGGAAUCGGUGUCGUAGAAAUCCAGCAGGUCACUUAUCUCCCAGAUACCGACGAGUACAAACCCGUCAAUGAAGUGUCCGCAGGCACCAAGACCCUGGACAUUAGCGGCACGGAGCUUCGAAAACGCCUCCGUACCGGCGGCCACAUCCCCGAAUGGUUCUCAUACCCAGAGGUGGUCAAAGUACUUCGCGAAUCAAACCCUCCCAGAUCAACACAGGGUUUCACCAUCUUCCUCACUGGCUACCAAAACAGCGGCAAGGACGCCAUCGCCCGUGCCCUUCAAGUCACGCUAAAUCAGCAAGGCGGUCGCUCCGUCUCCCUCCUCCUCGGCGACACGGUGCGCCACGAACUCUCCUCCGAACUUGGCUUCUCCCGUGAAGACCGCCAUAAGAACAUUCAGCGCAUCGCCUUCGUGGCCGCCGAGCUCACCAAAGCCGGCGCCGCCGUCAUCGCCGCUCCGAUCGCCCCGCACGAGUUCAGUAGAGAGGCAGCGCGCGAUACCAUUUCGGCGGUCGGAAGCUUCUUCCUUGUCCACGUCGCGACGUCGCUGGAGUAUGCUGAGAAGACUGAUAAGCGAGGCAUUUAUGCGAAGGCGAGACGCGGGGAGAUCAAGGGAUUUACUGGCGUGGAUGAUCCCUAUGAGACUCCCAAGGCUGCGGACCUCACUGUUGAUCUUGAGAAGCAGACCGUACGGGCUAUUGUGCAUGAGAUCAUUCUGAUGCUUGAGAGCCAGGGAUUUUUGGAUAGAUCUUAG